CGAGGCGUUCAAGGAGGAGAUGCAGAAGAAGGAGCAGGAGAUGAAGAAGAAGGACGAGAUGAUCGCCGAGCUACUCGCCGCGCUCAAGAGCAAGACGGACCACAAGCAGGUCCAGAUGUCGGCCGGCGGCGAGGUGGUCGAGCUGGUGAGCGCCGCGGAGCUCAAGGCGGUGGAGGCGCGCGUGCAGGCUGCUGAAGAGCGCGUCGAGGAGUGCGUCGCUCAGAACGCCGCGCAAGACGCCAAGAUCGGCGCGCUCCGCGACAAGCCGGCCCCGCCCAACCCGCCGGCGGCCGCGGCUCGCCCGCCGGCAGCGGCGCGGCGGCAGCUCUCCUCCGCGACUGGCGACGAGACCGAGUUCGCCAUCACGGGGAGGAAAGCGACGCUCUCCUUCAACAGCCGCACGCCCGACCUGACGGCGACCCGCCUGACCGGCGAGGGAGGCGGCAAGCUGACGUGCAGCGGCGAGCUGCACGCGACGGACUUUGUCACGGCGGACGGGGAGAGUGUCACCGAGCGGAUCGAAGCGCUUCGCGGCAAUUUCACUGAGUUCGUCACGGAGCAGCUCAAGGACGGUGUCUCGCAGGGGCUCGCGGGCGUGAGCGAGGAGCUCGAGGCGGUUCGCAAGUUUGUGGGCAUGGUGCCACCGUCGCCGCCGUCGCCUCCGUCGCCUCCGUCGCCGCCGCUUGCGCCGCCUCCGGUAGCGCCGCCUCCGACCUUUCCGCCAGCGUGCGUUUGGUCGGAUUGCACAGUUGAGUCCCUCAACCUCGCCGAGACCAACUCCAACCUGAAGGGCUUCCAGGGCGGCUACGUCACCGACGCACACGCCUACUACGUGCCGUUCCACAAUGGCGCGUACCACGGCUACGCGGCGCGCGUCUCGCUCUCCGACUUCUCCUCCUCGGGCGUCGAGUACCUCAACCUCGCCGACACAAACUCCAACCUGAAGGGAUUCCGGGGCGGCUUCGCCACCGACGCACACGCCUACUACGUGCCGUCCUACAACGGCGCGCGACACGGCUACGCGGUGCGCGUCUCGCUCUCGGUCUAAGGAACUCAGGGGGUCGUCUGCCGCUUGUGUCCCUCCCCCCCGCCCCCAUCUAUUGGGAAGGCCUCUGCGCUCUGGGUCGUCCUGGGUCUCUUUCGAGGGUCUCUUGUAGUGGGUGCAUUGGGUUGGGGUAGGCCCCUCUCUGCACCACGAGACAGUGGUGGACGGGAGGCGCGAACAGCGCCAUCUUGGGUCUUCACGCCGACCAGUGCUCCCGUCAGUGACAAGGAA